AUGGAGUCUUUGUCUUUUGAACAAGUGCAAAUUAUUUUGCUAGCUAACGGUGAUAAAAAGAAAAUACCGAGUCCUUCAAGCAGUGUUAAACAUUUGAAAACGCUGCGAGUUAAAGCAAAAGUUAAUCUUCGGACAUGGAUCAAACAUGGUGUUCCUGAACGAGCAUGGAUUCAUAUGCUACGCUGCAGGACUUCGCUCAUUCACGAAUACUCCCUUCAAAAACAGAAUGUCAUAGUGCCCGUUAUCCCACCAACUUCAAGCAGAGUGUUUGGAUCAAACGUGGAAGCCAGAAAUACAUUACCUGGGUGUACGUGGGAAAAUGAUGGAUUGUAUUCGGACAAUGAUGUAACAGCUCCUGACACUUCACUACCCACACAACUGUUGCUAGAAAGUUUGGAGGAAAUAUACUACACUCAUCAACGUCAGAAGGAAUUCACUGAAAAGCCACACCCAAUCUCUUUCUUGCGUCUUCUGCAACACUGGGCAGCUACUACACAUUUAAAAAAAACUCAUAUAGAUAAUCUAUUGAGACUUAUACACCAUCAUAGGCCAGUGAUUGACUACAAUGUGUUGCCACUUACUGGCAAGCAACUUCUCCAAAUUGACGGGAGAGACUAUGCUGGCUUUAUAAAAAAAACACCCGUUGGAUUACCCACGCCAACUGCCUUUCCGUCAACUGUUGGAUCAAAUCAAAAUGAGCGUUCACCGAUUGAUGCUGGACCCAGCGCAGCAGCCCCACUUCGGUCAUCAACCAAUGGUGCUAGAGUUACUUCUGUUACUCGUGGCGUGAGACGAAAAAAGAAACCUACCAGCUACAAAAACCAGUCAUUCAACGAGAGGGAGCAAAGUAUUCUCACUUUGGUCUGCAGUCUGCCAUUGCUGGAACCUCGAUCGGCCUCCUUUACCAAAAUGCAGCUCUUCUUCAAUAUAUAAAUAUAUUCAAGGAAAACCCAGCACUUGUACCAAUUUGCAUCAGGAAAAAGAUUGAAGCUCUCCAUGGAGGCGAAGUACUUCGCAAAGCCCGUGAAGUUCUACGAAAAGGAGCAGAAGCUGCUACCGAUGGUCCAACUAGCCAAGAAGGAGAAGCUGAUACAGCAACUGCCAGGUCACCAAAGCAGCUACCUCAUUUUGAGAUUGAUAUUCAUGCUGAUGGGGCACAAGUGUAUGACAAUUCUGAACAAGCUUCAAUUACAGCAAUUCUAGGUAGGGUUCAUUCUGUGAAAUUCUCAUUUUCCUCAAGUGAACAGCCAAGAUUUUUUUAUUGUUCGCAUCCAUUUAUAAUUGGCUUUGAAAAUGGGAAAAAGAAGGGUUCAGCUAAAGAGCUACUACUUUUACUCAUCCAAGAGUUAAUGUUUCUAUGCCCAUAUAAUGACAAAGCAGAAGGAAGAGAGUUUACUUUGAGUCUGAGAGUUGUCAUUGCAAAUACACCGAUGCGUAACUUUUUGAAAAGAACCAUAGGGUACAUGGGUUACUGGGCAUGUGAGAGAUGCGUACAGAGGGGAAUAAGACCUCUACGAAGGGAUGGAAUUAAAAGUAUAAUUCAACUUGUGGAUACUGAUCGUUGUCGUCGUAACGACGAUGAUUGGCUUACUUAUAUAAGUAAUGACAAGAAAGAUAGAACUCAGGACAAUCACGUAAAUAGCUUUGAUGAUCUUAGCCCCUUUUGAGAUAUAAAUUUCCGCAUGGUGACAGGAUUUGUUAUUGAUCCAAUGCACACGAUUUGGUAUGGUAAUCUUGGCAGGUAUUUAAGAAACAUGUCUUUGGUGGCCAAAGAAGGCAAACUCAGUGUCUUGCAGCUAGCCAGGGUGGACGGUAGACUAAAAUUUUUUGAAAAGUGCAACCCGUAUGAAUUUAAUGGGAAAUUACGAAGUCUUAGUAAAAGUGGAAAUAAAUACAAAACUCACGAGAUCAGAAGAUUUGGUUACUUCUUGUAUCCCGUAUUCAAAGACAUUUUGGAUGACUCCUAUCUCGAGCAUAUGAGAAUGCCUUACGCAAUGCAGUUGUUAGGUGGAUUCAAUAAGAACCCAGUGCCUCCAGCUGAUAUUGAAAAAGCCAAAGUAGUAUUGGUUAAUUUCAUAACAGAACACAAGCGCCUCAGUUAUCUAGUAAGAUUUGUGAAUCAUGAGAUUUUGCAUUUGCCUGAAGAUGCGGAAUAUUACAAAUGCGGGGUAGAAUUUAACAGUGCCUUCGAUUUUGAAAAUUUCUUACGGUGGUUUGGGUUGCUGCUCGACUACGGGCACUUGCCAUCUGAGCAAAUCAGAAAUCGACUUAUUGAAAUGAGAAAGUACGUCCUUCCAACUGGCCGACAUGGCAGAAUUUUGUCAUCAUAUGACGAUUUUGAGCGAGAAGCUGAAUUGUUUAAAGCUAUAAAUAGCAAAACAAAUGUAUUUAUUGGGUGUACCAUGUCAGCUACCUUAAAAAAACUUAGCUUUUCAACAUUUGUAUUGACGAAUCGUUUUCCUAAUAAUGUUUGUUUGUUAAAGGACAACUCUAUCAUCGUGUGUCAAGAUGUAGUUGAAUGUCCCGAAGGUUCAAAAGAUUACGUUAUCAUCGAGAGAAAAUUUUUGUGUAAACGAGAUGCUUUUCUUGUGCCAUACCGAUCCUCAGACUAUGACU